AAGAUCACGUUUGGCUUUGUUCUUUUUUGUUCUUGUUUUGUAGUCCUGAACACGAGAACUUGUGAGAUUUUCUUCUUCUUUGGGAGAAGCACCUGCCUUAGCUUCAAAUCAGUAUUCCUCACCUUUGUACUAGUUUCUGUGUGAUCGCAUUACAUUCCAGCCAGCCUGAACAGGUAGAGUUGUUGCUUCACACACUUCAGUGACAAUGAUUAAUAACCUAGUAAAGGUGCUCCUGGGAAAGGCUUUUCCACGUUCUGUGAUAUUUUCAGUAGUAGCAGCAGUUUCUGUUUGUUGAUCUUGACUCCGGUAGCUUCCUGUGAAGAAAAUGGACAGUCACAAAGGUCCUUGCUCUCAUCGGAGCAUUCCUGUUGAGACGGAUGAGCAGAUGACAGUCUCCGGUAUUGACUUGGUCUCUUUUCCUCCUUGUGACCAGUGUGGCGGACAUGAAGAGAGGAUCAGGAAAGUUGAGAAGCAUGGCUGUGAUAGGGAAGUGAGUGGGGUGGGCCCCUCUAGGCUCCCUGAGGGACUGUGCCAGUAUGAAGGAAGAGCAGCUUCUCAGGCUUGUGCUGACCCUCGCUUUAUGCCCCAACAUGCGGCUCACCCAGGUCCUCCUGUCAGAGAGCACCAGCCAUUUUACGAACGGGACCCCAUGAAUGGUCAGAGGAAGGGCCUCACAGGCCCUUCAGACUGGGGCUUGGGCUGUUCUUUUGAAGAAGCAGAAUCCUUGGAGCCUCCAUUACCACUCAUGUCAAACAUGAACUGGGUUCACCACAAUGUGCCACAACACCAACCACGUAUGCCAGGCCCUGCUCCAGUACACAGACAGUAUCACCAUCCUGCACCUCAUCAUCAGAAGAAUUACUGUCGUUACAAUCAGGACCUUCCACUCCACCAACAACAGAAUGCCCCACAGAGCACUCCUCAGCUGAAAGAAGCUCCAUAUGUUGCUCGAGGUUUAAUGCCUCAGUGCGCGCCACCUCCUGUUGAUGUGAUGCGUGAAGUCAGCGUGGGUUGUUCUGCUGCUGCAGGUGCAGGAGCGGUCACUGGGGAGAUCAGGAAGACCAUCAGCUUGCCUGAGGAGAGCAGGAAUGUUUUUAUCACAUAUUCUGUGGACACAGCUGGUGAAAUCAUUAAUUUUGUCGGAUUUUUGACCAGCCAGGGUUUCAAACCAGCUAUUGACAUCUUUGACAAUCCGAUCCGAAGAAUGGGCAUUAAUAAGUGGAUGGAUCGCUACCUGAAUGAUAAAUCAGUGCUCAUCAUCGUGGUCAUCAGCCCCAAGUAUAAGGAGGACGUGGAGGGAGGCGGAGACGACGACCACGGCCUCCACACCAAGUACAUUUACAACCAGAUUCAAAAUGAGUACAUCCAACAAGGCUGUCUAAACUUCAGACUGGUUCCUGUGCUGUUUCCCAAUGCAACUAAGGGACACGUGCCCAGCUGGCUCCAGAACACCAGGAUCUACCGCUGGCCCAGCGACACCCAGGACCUGCUGCUGCGUCUGCUCAGGGAGGAGCGCUACGUCAUCCCGCAGCGGGGCCCUGACAUCACCCUCACUGUUCGUCCUUUGUGAUGAUGAAAGAAAUGAACUCUUAGAAAACAAGUUUCCUUCCCAGAAGCCAGACAUAGAAAAUCAAACAAUUCAGAUUGAAUCUUUGUCGUCUGUUCCUCUGUUUUCACAGUUUUGUUGAUUUGAGGUGGCUUCAUUUUCUGCUGUUAAAUUUCUGAGACUUCUCAGAUUACAUAUGCAUGUUUAUUAUGUCAUUAUAGAUAACAUCAUUAAUAGAUUUAUCAGCUUCAUUUUACACUCUGUCAAUGUUUGGGAUGAUUGACCAGUAGGUGGCAGUAUGCAUCAAUGAUAACGCUACAACAAGUACGAACCACUUAACUGUUGUGCUGUUUCGCUUUGCCGUAGUAAUAAAAUCAUGAAUGGAAGCUAAA